ACUCCCGCAUCCAAUCACACCCCAUCCCCCAGAACCUUCCAGAACCCACACCGAUUCCCUCCCUCCAGCCCUAGAAUUCUCUCGUCUUCCUCAACCACCACUCUCUUAAAACCCCCACCCCCCACACACUCUCUCUCUACAAUUCUCUCUCUCUCUCUCUCUCCGCAACCCCCUAGAAUAGAACGCUCCUCCAAUCGACACCCCCACAUGGCUGACGAAGCCAAGGCCAAAGGCAACGCCGCCUUCUCCGCCGGCAACUACGCCGACGCCGUCCGCCACUUCACGGACGCCAUCGCCCUCUCCCCGGACAACCACGUCCUCUACUCCAACCGAUCCGCCGCCCACGCCUCCCUCAACCAGUACGCCGAAGCCCUGUCCGACGCCCAGAAGACCGUCGAGCUCAAGCCCGACUGGCCCAAGGGUUACUCCCGCCUCGGCGCGGCCCACGUGGGCCUCCGUAGCUACGACGACGCCGUUUCCGCCUACAGGAAAGGCCUCGACCUCGACCCCACCAACGAUGCCUUACAGUCCGGCCUCAAAGACGCUCGAUCCGCCGCCGUUAAGUCACGGCCGUCGUCUUCGUCGUCGCCGUUUGGGGACAUAUUCUCGGGGCCCGAGAUGUGGGCCAAGCUGACAGCCGAUCCGAGCACGAGGCCGUUUUUGCAACAGCCGGAUUUUGUAUCAAUGAUGCAGGAUAUACAGAAAAACCCUAGCAACUUGAACUUGUACAUGAAGGACCAGAGGGUGAUGCAAGCCCUAGGGGCUUUAUUAAACGUGAAGAUCCAGACCAGGAAUCCAGGCGAGGAGAUGGAUAUUCCAGGUGCUCAGACGACGUCGGAUAGGAAGAGGCCGGCGGAGGCGGAGGUGGCAAAGGAGAAGGAGGUUCCGGAGCCAGAGCCGGAGCCGAUGGAGAUUCCAGACGAGGAGAGAGAGGGUAGGGAGAGGAAGGCACAGGCGCAGAAGGAGAAGGAGGCUGGGAAUGCGGCGUACAAGAAGAAGGAUUUUGAUACGGCGAUUGAGCAUUAUACCAGGGCGAUUGAGUUGGACGAUGAAGAUAUUUCGUUCCUGACUAACCGGGCAGCUGUAUACUUGGAGAUGGGAAAGUAUGAAGAAUGUAUUCAAGAUUGUGACAAAGCUGUUGAACGGGGAAGAGAGCUUAGGUCAGACUAUAAGAUGGUUGCAAGAGCCUUGACAAGAAAAGGAACUGCAUUGGUGAAGCUGGCAAAAAAUUCAAAGGACUUUGAACCUGCUAUCGAGGCAUUCCAGAAAGCUCUUACAGAGCAUCGCAAUCCAGACACAUUGAAAAAACUCAAUGAUGCCGAAAAAGCAAAGAAAGAGCUAGAGCAACAAGAGUAUUUUGAUCCAAAAUUAGCGGAUGAGGAGCGCGAGAAAGGCAAUGAGUAUUUCAAAGAGCAAAAGUAUCCAGAGGCUGUGAGGCAUUAUACGGAAGCCUUGCGAAGAAAUCCAAAAGACCCCAAGGUAUACAGUAAUAGGGCUGCAUGCUACACGAAACUUACGGCCUUGCCUGAGGCUUUGAAGGAUGCAGAAAAAUGCAUUGAGCUUGAUCCAACCUUCGCCAAGGGGUAUAGUAGGAAAGGCGCAGUCCAGUUCUUCAUGAAAGAGUAUGAUAAAGCUAUGGAAACAUACCAAGAAGGGCUGAAGCACAACCCUCGCAACCAGGAACUACUUGAUGGUAUCAAGAGAUGUGUGGAACAAAUUAACAAGGCAAGCCGUGGGGAUUUGACCCCUGAUGAACUCAAGGAGAGACAGGCUAAGGGUAUGCAGGAUCCAGAAAUUCAGAACAUCCUCACAGAUCCUGUUAUGAGACAGGUGUUGGUUGACUUCCAGGAGAAUCCCAAGGCCGCUCAGGAACAUUCGAAGAACCCUCAAGUGAUGAGCAAGAUUCAGAAGCUUGUCAGUGCGGGGAUUGUCCAGAUCAAAUGAACGUGAAAUGGGAGUUUUGGUUGCAUGAACAAAGCAUUAGCAUCUGUUUGAUUUCUUUCUCCUAGUGUGUGUUCCUGUGGAUCAGUCGAUAGAAACUAAUUUUUGUCUUGUCAAUCAUGUGAUUCUGGGUUUCUUGUUACCGUAUAGUCCACAGAUUCGGCAUUUGCUUUAAGUUUUGUGUACUGUUUUGAUUCAUGAUGAACUGGGAGAUCAAGCUUAAUGGGAGAUCAUUAACUGUGAUUUUUUAGCC